CACGAAGAAACCGGUUCAUCUAGUUCAUCCCCCCGUUCAUCCCCCCUACAAAACUCUAGUCCAUUCAGUUCAUCAUGUCUGACGCCCAAGCCGCCCAGGUCACAGAGAACGGCGCGCCUGCUGUGGAGAAGACCCAAGAAGCUCCUGGCUUCAAGGUAUUCGCUGGAAACCUUGCUUAUACCACCACAGAUGAAGGGCUGAAGGCUUUCUUUGAGCCUGUCCAGGCCGAUAUCCUCUCAGCUUCAGUUAUCUUGAGAGGAACACGUUCUGCAGGCUAUGGAUUUGUUGCUCUUGCUACUGAGGAGGCCGCUCAGAAGGCAGUCGACGCCUUGAACAAGAAGGAGCUCGACGGUCGUCAAGUCAUCGUCGAGAUCGCCAAACCUGCCGAACAAAAGGACAAGGAGAAGAAAGAGCGCAAGGCUAAGCGACGACCUGGCCGUCGUGGCGGCAAGGCUGUGCCUGGAGAAGUCACCGAGGCAGAGGCCAACGGCGAAGCCCCUAAGCCAGAGGCCGCUGCUUCCGCCGAGGGCGAGGACAAGCCCAAGAGGAAGAAGCGCAAAUCUCCUCGCAAGAAGAAGGCCGCUGCUCCUCCCCCUGAGGGCGAGGCUGGCACCGAGGGUACCCCUGCUGCUGCUGACGGUACAACUGAUGCAGACGCCCCCAAGAAGGCCCCUCGUGCUCGCAAGCCCAAGGCCCCCCGUACUCCCCGGCCCGCUGGCGAGGACCCUGUUGGCGAGCCCUCCAAGACCAUGCUCUUCGUCGCCAACCUUGGCUUCGCUGUUGACGACGAGGCUCUCGCUGCCUUGUUCACUGACGCCGGCAUCACCGUGAACAGCGCUCGUAUCGUCCGCCGCCGAUGGGGUCAGCCACGAAAGAGCAAGGGUUACGGCUUCGUUGACGUCGGAUCUGAGGAGAACCAGAAGAAGGCCAUCGCAGCCUUGGACGGCAAGGACAUCGCUGGCCGUGCCAUUGCCGUCAAGGUCGCUGUCAACACCCCGGAGGAGAAGGAAGAAGAGGCCAAGCCUGCUGAGGGUACUGCUCCCGCUGCCACCCCCGCUGCUGCUGAGGCUGCCGCCCCUGCCGCUGCUGCUGCUGCUCCUGGCCCCGCUGCCUAAUGAUCCUUAAUUUACUUACUAACGCCCUUGUUACGAGUUUUUUAUUACGUCCAUGACAUGCUUUGCUACAUAUUCUCCUCCCCCUCCUCACACCGUCGUGGUGGGUACUUGUUAAGUUAUGUAUCUACCUUUUACUUCGUGGCCCCGGUAUUCGUUACAGUUGUUAUUACUUGUGGUCCAUUUAGCAAUGCCCAUGAUUGCUUUUCCGUCUCGAAUGUUGCUGAG